UUCCUUUGUGAGAAACCCGCUUAUUUCAUCUUCCGGGAACGCACAGAGCAGCAUGGCAGCAGACAGCACGAUGCCUAAUGGCCAAGAAACGGCCUCCUUGAACGGAGAGCCAGCUUUCAAGCGACUUCGGGAGAAUGGACAGGUCGAGUCCCUGCGGACUCCGAAGGAACCUCGGAAUAAAGUAACCGUGGUCCUCGGUGCGCAAUGGGGAGACGAGGGAAAGGGGAAAGUGGUUGACCUGCUAGCCAUGGACGCAGACAUAGUAUGCAGGUGUCAGGGAGGCAACAACGCAGGCCACACAGUGGUGGUGGACUCUGUGGAGUAUGACUUUCACCUGCUCCCCAGCGGAGUGCUCAACAAGAAGGCUGUCUCAUUUAUUGGGAACGGGGUUGUGAUACACCUGCCUGGGCUCUUUGAGGAGGCUGAAAAUAACCUGCAGAAAGGCAAAGGACUGCAAGGAUGGGAGGAGCGUUUAAAGAUUUCUGACCGUGCACACAUUGUGUUCAACUUCCACCAAGCUGUUGAUGGGAUCCAGGAACAACAGAGACAGCUACAGGCGGGAAAGAAUUUGGGAACCACCAAAAAGGGCAUUGGACCUGCCUAUUCUUCCAAAGCUGCUCGCAAUGGACUGAGAGUCUGUGACCUUGUGUCUGAUUUUACCGUCUUUGAGGAGAAGUUCCGUGUAUUGGCAGAGCAUUUUCUGACUAUGUACCCCAACCUCAAUGUUGACAUUGACAAUGAGCUGCAGCAACUGAAGGAGUAUGCUGAGAGGUUGCGUCCCCUUGUGACCGACGGGGUGUACUUCAUGCACAAGGCACUCACUGGGCCCAGCAAGAAGAUCCUGGUGGAGGGAGCCAAUGCAGCCCUCCUGGAUAUUGACUUUGGUACCUACCCAUUUGUGACGUCCUCUAACUGCACUGUUGGGGGAGUGUGCACUGGCCUAGGUGUGCCCCCGUCCUAUGUGGGGCGGGUGUAUGGUGUGGUCAAGGCCUACACCACCCGGGUAGGCGUUGGAGCUUUCCCCACUGAGCAGGACAAUGAGGUUGGCAACUUGUUGCAGUCCAGAGGGAGGGAGUUUGGUGUGACGACGGACAGACGGCGCCGCUGUGGCUGGCUGGACCUGAUUCUGGUCAGAUACGCCCACAUGGUCAAUGGCUUCACUGCCAUCGCUCUGAACAAGCUUGACAUCCUGGACACGCUGCCAGAGAUCAAAGUCGGUGUAGCCUACUCUGUUGAUGACGAGCCCCUUCCCAGUUUUCCUGCCAAUAUGGACGUGCUGACACGGGUGUCAGUGAAGUAUGAGACACUACCUGGAUGGUGCUGCAGCACUGAGGAUGUGAGGUGCUUUGAGGAGCUGCCCUCUCAGGCACAGAGCUACAUCCGCUUCAUCGAGGACUUCUUGCAAGUGCCAGUGAAAUGGGUUGGAGUUGGGAAAUCCAGAGAGAGUAUGAUCAAGCUGUUCUGAUCAGUUGGGGGUUUGGUAACUGAUGACCAAUUGGGUUUCUCGCCAUCACAACAGCUGCUUCAGACAAUAAUUAUGUUUUGUUGAUGAAUACUUUGACUAUAAACCUUGGGUUAAAGUCCCAAAGUCUGUUUUGCAGAAAAUAAAAACAUCACCAGCAACGUUGUUAGUGAAACUAAGUAACCUUUUGGGAGGUUCACUUUCACAUCAACUCUUCUGAACAGUAAUGUAUAACCUGCAUUCCAUAGCUUUCUUUUGUUCUGAUAUGACAGAAGACAUUAUUGGGAUAUUAUGGUGUUCGUCCUCCGUAGCUAAUGGACAGGGUUAAAACCUUAAACACCUGCAGUAACCAUCCCAGGCUUCCAUCAACCUUUUCAUUCCAUUUCAUUGAACUAGUAUAGUAAAACACGUUUUACAACUCAGUAGGAGUUCUUUUUUUCUUUUCUUUUUUUUUAAGCUGUAUUUUAAAAUGACCACACCUUGUAGUACAUUUUUUGCACAAUCUUUACUUAAAGGGAUACUUUGGGAUUUUGGCAAUGAGGCCCUUUAUCUACUUCCCCAGAGUCAGAUGACUAGUAUGCUAGCAAGUACCCAUAGACUUCCAGUCAUUGCGCCAACGCUAGUUAACACUGGCUCGUGAAACUACCUUUAACUUCCUUCAUACUGGACACAGAGACAUACAAAUGGUAUCAACUAGUUCAUCUGGCGAAGUAGAUAAAGGGCCUCAUUGCCAAAAUCCCAAAGUAUCCCUUUUAAGGGUUGUGAAACUAGACCAAUGUUUAGAGGCCUUGUAAUUAGGUCUUUCUAUGAGCUGGCAUGUUGUAUGAAUGAAUUAUAGGCAUGAUUUGAGAUGCAAAAGGGAUGCUGUCUUAAAGCCUUAGUUUCAUAUUGAUCAUUAAGAUCAAGAACUUGGGAUUGCACACGAACACUGGUUGGUGUUUAGAAAAUAAAUGUAGAAAACAAGGGAGGAACUCCACGUUAAUAAUGUAUAUACAAACUACACAAAUAUUUUCCAUAACAUUUCAUUCAGUGUAAUUAAAAAAGGAAACAGUAUGCUUCUUCUCACCUGUUACAACCCUAAAAUUAGCAAUAAAAUACUGUCAUUGCUAUUCU